UGAUAUCGUUAUAGGUCACAUGGAAUGAGGAAAAUUGAAAUAUAUUAUUAUUUACAUUUAUUUCGUGUUUUGUUGCAGAUAUGUGCAUAGUUUAUCUUUGACUGUGAAUUAGUGUGUGAGUGGGAUCGUAUUAAAAGGAUUCUUAUUAGAAUCACUUAGAAAUCUCAAUCAGGAUGUUUUCGAAGAGCUGUUUCCUGGUCAUCAUUUUGUUAGUUCAUAUUAUUACGGCAGGAGAAGUUGGAGACAGUUGUAUUCCUGGUGAAGACGUGGAGGAUGGAGUGUGUACUCUCGUCACCAAUUGUAAAGCGGCCUUAAGACAAAUAAAAGACAAGAACUAUCACUCAUUCGCAAGAUGCGGCUUUGAAGGAAUUACAGAAGUUAUGUGUUGUCCAAGCACAAACGUGAAAUUUGGUGAGACGACAGAAUCAACCCGUAGAGUUGACGAUAAUAAUGGUAACACGCGUCUAACCAAAAGAAUUGCGGAUGUAGAAUGCCAGAAGAUCAUCGCGUCUAGUAAACCACCGUUGGACCUGCACAUUAUCGGCGGCGAGCAGGCUUCACUCGGGGAAUUCCCGCAUAUGGUGGCCUUAGGAUUCGAUGGUCAAUUCGGCUACCGAUUCGACUGUGGCGGCUCUCUCAUCUCCAACCGCUUCGUACUGACAGCUGCACACUGCGUGGACACGCCCGACAGGGUAGAACCGUCCGUGGUACGCAUGGGAGUCACAAUGCUUGGAGACGCGCAGUUUAACUCCGAAACCGACGUGCCUGUCGAGAGGAUAUACAAGCAUCCUAACUACACGCGCAGCCUCAAGUACGACGAUCUGGCGCUUUUGAAGCUAGAGAAAGCGGUGCAGUUCGAUACCACGCUCAACGCGGCGUGUCUCUACACAAAAGACACAGAUCCUACCACCGCGCUUACCAUCACGGGGUGGGGCACUACCAGCACUACAAAGGACGCUCGCAGUAAUAUGCUGUUAAAGGCGAACGUGACCAUAGUCUCGCGAUCUACAUGCAGCCAAUCCUACACUUCUACCAAAUGGCGCAAGUUGCCUAACGGUAUCUCGGACACGCAGGUCUGCGCUGGCGACCCCGACGGCCUGCGGGACACUUGUCAGGGAGACUCGGGCGGCCCCCUCCAGAGCUUGUCGGAGCCGGACGGGCAGACCCGCCUCGUGGGCGUCACGUCGUUCGGGCGCGGCUGCGGCUCGGCCGUGCCCGGCGUCUACACGCGCCUCAGCCACUACCUCGCCUGGAUCGAGAGCGUCGCGUGGCCGAGAUAACUCUCCCGGUACCACGGGAGUUAUAUGGAACCCGGAUAGUACUGUUACUUUUUUCGCUAGUCGAAAUUGACCCUUAUUCCCGAGCGAGACAGAUAAUCUAGGAAACUAGAAAUACUCAAACCGGAGGACUGUAUCACAUUUGCUCUAGUUACAGUAUUGUCAUAAAUUGAUAUAUUGAGUUAUUGUAAUUGUUUGUCAUUGCUUCCUUAAUCAAAAUGAGACGCGGUCCUCUAUUUUGACCUCUCUAUCGAUCAUAUUUUUGUCGAGGUACUCAGUCCGGAUUCUGUACAUAGAUCCUUGUCAGAUAGUCGUUACAGUUAACGAUCUAAGGGUCGAUUGCUCCAAACCAUCUAUCACCGUUAAUAUAAAGAAUUUGCUAAAUUUUAUAGUAUGGAAAGUUUCAUAGUUCACUGCCGAGCAAAGAGGAUAUAAUAAGAUAGAGCGGUACUGUCAUCCCAGGUGGCAAAGUGACGUCAGCGACGUCAUAAUGACGUAAUAAUGACGUCAUUAUGAAGUCACAAUGACGUCGCUGACGUCAUAAUAACGUAUAAAUGCUACCUGGGAUAGUAGAUUUUGUAACCACAGUAAAUUCACUGCCAUCUAUCGACACACCUUAAAACUAAAAAUGAAGAUUUAUAAAAAUACGAUAAAAUGUAUUUAAAUAUGGAUAAAUGAUUUUUUUUAUUUGCAUUAAUUAUUUUUAUGAUUUAGACCCAUGUUCUUUCACUGAUAUGCGUUUAAAUUGUUAAAUAACAAACGAAACCGUCAACGCCAUCUAUACGACAGUAGGCCAAAGCUAGUAGCGCUCUCUGAUCGAGAAUCAAAUUUUCUUGAUUUUCGAGGCACGUAUUUUCCUUAGACUGUAUCCAUCUAUUACGGAGUUAUAUCUAUCUUUGCUGCCGAGUGACGUUGAUAGUGGUUGAUGCAACUGUUCCUAAAGCCCCCUCCACACUCUUGCGCGAAUCGCGACGCGAAGCCGCGAACGCGAGUGUGGCGACGAUUUCGCAGAUCUGCGAACUCAACUCUACACUCGCGUUCGCGGCUUCCCGCCGCGAUUCGCGCACGAGUGUGGAGGGGGCUUAAUAGCGAUGAGUCUAGACCAUCACCUUGAGAGACUCGCUAGGCUGCAUUAAGGGUCAAAAGCAGAGGACGGUUAUGGAUACGGCGGGUAGUCCGGCGGUUCCUCUCUGCGGCCCUAACCACUGGCAGCUUGGGCCCUGCUUUAGGUUUUAUAUGUAUUUAGUAAAAAAAAAUGUAUGUUACUUUGUAGGGUUUAGGGUUGAUCACUCAAACGCCACUGUCAACAAUACUUUUUAUUGACUUAAGUACAUAUAGAUGCAUACAAUUACGGGUUCAUACAAAACAGGUUUACUUCCUAACUAAAUUAAAACGUGAAGUAGACGGCAAGGUUGAGCACGCCUACUUCCGUUGCAAAGAGCCAAGGGACAGUCGGGAACCUAUCGCCAAGGCACUAGCUAAAUCCUAGGGAGGUCAGGGAGAAGACUGCAAGUGGCUAUCGAACUCCCGUCCCACUGAGACUAGCCAAAGGACAGAGGGUGUACCUAUCGCUAAGGCAGUCGCUAGCUGAAUCAAUCUGAUGCGGCGCGGACGCGGCUUUUAUUCGGUCCGGUCGGCGAUCGUCGUGCGCGCUCGGUGCUCCUCGGUGGCUGGCCGGUGUGAUGCAGUACCGUGCGAGCGAGAAAGUAUUCGAGCCCGCGCGCCGUGAGAAUUUGUAUUGUUACAACUUUUAUAUUAUAAAAAUCCUAAUCGAACUAAUAAAGAACUGCAAAAAAGUGCAGGCUUACUGUGAUUCUUCGUCAUCCACUUGCUAACUUUAUAGUAAAGCUGUCUUCACAGUGUGCGAGCGGAACAUCGCUGUAUACGUAAACAGUGCUGUCUCGCUCUCACACCGUGGCGUGCGGAUCCGCAUGUGUGAUAACCUCGUAAUGGUGUUGUACCUAGUUGUAACUGCUUACUUUAAGUUGGUUGGAGGAGUAGCUCCACCCAGGUGCCGCUCUAGGCCACUCUGCCCGCCUCUCCAUAGAUAAUCUAUCUUCAGAGGGCCACCGCAAACCACGUUCGACGUGUUGCCUCCCUGUCACACUUACGUACGAAUUUACAAGUGCGACAGAGAGCCAACACGUCGAACGUGGUUCGCGGUAGGCCCUCUGAGCUCAUCUCUGCUGUUUACUUGAAACUACUAUCAGUACUAUUUAAUGCCUCCACCCCCCUUACAGUACCUGCUCUUAGCAGACAAACAACUGCUAAAAGGCAGUAAUUGCAUUUUGACAGACAGUGGGACCAUAUUAUAUACUACCUUCCACAAUUUGAACUUAGGGGUUUAAAUUAAGGAACAUUGGGGUAACUUCGAAAACGAGGUAAAUUUGAAAUAAUAUCUUACCAGAAGCCUUUCAUACUUUGUCAAUACUUACGUUACCGCAACACUUACGUAGUUAUAGUAGAAAACGCUUCUACUUUAGUAGAUAUUUAUAAUUAUAUUUUAUAGACUUGUUUUAAACAUAAAAAAAUUAAAUGUUAUUUAUUUAGGUAUCAACCCAUUACAUUAAAUUUAUACAUGCUAAUCUAUAUUUUAUAGUGACGUCCGGUCUGGCCUAGUGGGUAGUGACCCUGCCUGUGAUGCCUAUAGUCAUGGGUUCAAAUCCCGGUAAGGGCAUUUAUUUGAGUGAUGAACACAAAUAUUUGUUCCUGAGAUGACUCACCCAUGAGGGUGUUUUCUAUGUAUAUAAUAUAAGUAUGUAUGUAUAUCGUCGCCUAGCACCCAUAAUACAAGCUUUGCUUAGUUUGGGGCUAGGUUGAUUUGUGUAAGAUGUCCCCUAAUAUUUAUUUAUUUAUUUGUUUGUUAUUUUCAAUAUUAAGUACCCCGUUUUCGAGGUUAACCCAAUUCUUUUAUUUAAUGAAACCCUUGUGCCCAUUAAGGGAUUUUAAGUGAAAUAGACAAUGUUUACGUUGUUUACCGUUGUUAUAAUUAAUGUACGUUGUUUAUUUAUAUGUCAUGCAAGAAUUUAAUUUCACGUGUGUUUAAUUAUAAGUCUUAAAUGUAAUUUAAUAAGAUCUGAUCAUGCAUAUCAAAAUUAUACUCAAACAUCAUACCUAGUUGAUAAUUAUUCAUUGUAUUUUUUAAGAUCUGACGAAAUGCCAUGCAUGCCCUUAUCUACUCCUAAAGCCCCCUCCACACUCGUGCGCGAAUCGCGGCGCGAAGCCGCGUAGUCUGGAGCGUGCUUUAGCUUUUGUGAUUUAAAUACCUACUUAUUUUAGUAACCUUUAAAUGUUUUGUAAACUUUGCCAUAAUUUGCAUUGCAUUGUAUAGAAUAAGACCUUAGUUAUGAUCAAUAUCCUAAAAAAGGCAACAUUCGUAGCUAAAUUGGGAUAUGUCAGGGUCUGACCGGGUAAAGAUGGAUGUAAUUAAAAUAUUUUAAUUUUA